UCAUCAUUUCGAUGCGUGGUGUGUGGCAACAUGUAUCCACGCCGUUUUAAUGCUGAACGUCAUUAUAAGCGGUUUCACGAAACCACACAAACGCGGAAAUGUUGUGAUGAAAUAUUUCACACAAAAAGUGAAUACUAUGACCACAAGGAAAAUGUGCAUAAUGAGAGGAAAAGGUACGGAAGAAAAUGGAAAGAAGAAACCCAGUCUUUGGACUCUUCCAUUGAAUGUAAUACAGUCACAAUAAACGAAUCCGAAGACAGCGCGUUACAUGUCCUUUCUCACAUGCAGAAAACGAAAAUACAAACUUCAUUGCCCGUCGAAACUGCCAAAAGAACAUCUAAAAGACGCACGAAUACAAAUACUACUCAUCACGCGCAGAAUAAUAUUGAAAAUUUAGAAAACAUCGAAAGAAAUAACGAAUCAAAUAAUGAAGAAAAAUCUAAGAAUAAUAUGUGGCAAUUUGUCGAAUCUCAAAAGAUCUUUAUUUAUCGAAUGCAAUUAAAAACUAAUACAAGUCAAAACAGCGCACCGUUGCGAAGUAUUGAAAAUUUUACUGAUAAUUCUUUUAAUAAACCAAGAAACAAUGCGUUGCAGAAUGUCGUAAAAGUGAGUUCGAGUGUCAAAAAGAAAAUGUAAUAAUAUAUGACUGUGUAGCUACAUCGGUUUCAGACUUAAUGCAGCUUAUGAGAAACUCUAUUGAUUUUUAAAAAUAAAAUAUUUUUUUAACUUAGAAUAUAAGUAAUAGUUUUAU